AUGGCUAUUCCUGCUCCUAUCACUCUCGACGACCUCUCAAAAUGCUCCUUCGAUGGCCAUUAUACUCUACUGGACCCUGUCGGACAAGGAGGCUACGGCACUGUCUACCGCGCCAUCGAAAACCCUUCACAGAAUACAGUAGCGAUCAAGGUCGUCCGCACACCAGAGCCCGGAUCCUUCCGAGCUGAGUUGCUGGACCUGGAACUGGAAGCUAUAGAGAAGAUGCACGUAUUACCCAGUCUCGUCCCACUACGACAUGUCUUCGAGGAGGACGACUUCACGUUCAUCGUCCUCGAUUACAUUGACGGCGGCGACCUCGAAGAUCCUAUCAUGCAGGAUCGCAUCUUCGUUGGGAACAACGAACGCGUCAGAUAUGUCUUCAAUAGAAUGCUUAUUGCUGUCGAGGACGUCCACGCGUACGGGUACAAUCACCGCGACAUCAAGCCGGCCAACUUUCUCGCUACGAAGGGUUUAGAACGCGUCUUCAUCUCCGACUUCGGCCUAUGCUCCAAGAGUUCUGGAUCUGUAGAAGACUCGUUUGGCAACUAUGGUCGCGGUACAUACACGCAUCUCGCUCCCGAAGGGUUCGCUUCUGAUCCCGUUAAGGUCGACGGAGCCAAGUCGGACGUCUACGCGUUGGCCAUCACCCUCUUCCAGAUGCUUUACGGCGAAUAUCCAUGGCUCCAGUCAACCUCAGAGGAUCGCUGCUACAAGUUCUUCCUCGGCGAUCGCUCAGAGUUCUUUGACUGGCGCGACGCAUAUGCGGCAGAUCUGGGCGAGCCGGGCCUCUCUCUAGAAGCUCGAAGCCUCCUCAUCGAUGCACUCAACCCUGACAUGGACAAACGUCUCGACUUGUAUGAGUUUGACCGUCGCUUCUCGCUCAUUGAGGAGUUCUUUGGUUCACGAGAACCUGCGCGUCGGUCACUGGAGCCGCCGAAUCUCGAGUCGGUGUCUAUGUUUGUCGUCUCAUCUGAGAGUGACGAAACGGAGGGUUCUGUUCCUGCAACUCCUCAGCAGGGACUUUCGCUGUUCAUGGGAGCACUAGACGAGAAAUUUGGAGAAUUGGAGGAAGGAGGUCUCCGUAGGCGGCGGCCAAAGGUCCACAGCGUUGAUGAUGAUGAUGACUAUGUAGUAUGA